AUGGGCUCGGGCUCGUCCGCGCUGGCCCGCCUCGGCCUCCCGGGCUCCCGGCUCCCCGCGCAGCCCCGGCCCGCCUGGCUCGGGGUCGCCGCGCUGGGACUGGCCGCGCUGGCGCUGGGGGCGGCGGCCUGGCACCGGAGGCGGUCCCGGAGGCCGCGGCGGCUGCAGCAGGUGGGCACCGUGUCGAAGCUGUGGAUCUACCCGAUCAAGUCCUGCAAGGGGGUGUCGGUGAGCUCGGCCGAGUGCACGGCCAUGGGGCUGCGCUGCGGCCGGCUGCGCGACAGGUUUUGGCUUGUGAUCAACGAGGAAGGAGACAUGGUCACUGCCCGGCAGGAGCCCCGCAUGGUCCUGAUGUCUCUGACCUGUGACGGUGACUCACUGACACUUGGCGCCGCCUACACAAAGGACCUGAUACUGCCCAUCCAAGCACCCACCACAAAUGCAUUGCACAUGUGCAGAGUGCAUGGCCUGGAGGUGCAGGGCCGAGACUGUGGCGACGCGGCCGCUGGGUGGAUCACCAGCUUCCUGAAGACGAAACCCUACCGCCUGGUGAGCUUCGAGCCCCAUAUGCAACCCCGACGCUCUCAGGACAUGAGGGCCAAGUUCCAGCCCAAGGACCAGGUGGCCUAUUCAGAUGUCAGCCCGUUCUUGGUUGUUUCAGAGGCAUCCCUGGCAGAUCUCAACUCCAGGCUGGAGAAGAAAGUCACAGAGUCUAACUUCAGGGCCAACAUUGUCAUUUCAGGGUGCGGUGCCUAUGCAGAGGAUUCUUGGAGCCAGGUUCUCAUUGGGGACGUGGAGCUGAAAAGGGUGAUGGCUUGCUCUAGGUGCAUUUUAACCACGGUGGACCCAGACACUGGGGUCAUGGACAGGAAGGAGCCGCUGGAUACGCUGACGAGUUAUCGCCUGUGUGACCCUUCGGAGCAAAAGUUGUAUGGAAGCAAACCCCUUUUUGGACAGUAUUUUGUUCUGGAAAACCCAGGGACCAUUAAAGUGGGAGACCCGGUGUACCUGCUGGGCCAGUAGCAAGAAAUGCAUGUCCUGGAAUAUCAGUUCCCAUAAAAACAUGUCUUUGAAGCCGGGCGUGGUGGCGCACCGUGAGUUCAAGGCCACCCUGAGAUUACAUAGUGAAUUCUAGAUCAGCCUGGGCUAGAGAGAGACCCCACCUCGAAAAACAACAACAACAACAUUCUUUAGAUCGCAGUGUUGGAGGAUGUGACAGCUCUGUAUUCUUCAGAUCUGUGAUCUAUCUCCCUGUUUCUCGAUGCUUCCGAGGCUCCAGCACACGAAGCAAAGAAAUGGGGUCUUGCUAAUUUAGUAGGAUUUUUUUUUCUUAAAUGAAUUAGGAUUCUGAAAAUGUCCUGUUUAUGAUUACAAAAUAAUUCUUUUUCUUACUUCUCCAUUCACCUGCCAAGACUGCAAAUUUCCCAUCAUCUCACCACCUGUGUUCAGGAAAGAGAAGAGACAAGGAGGAAGGGAAUGGGCUAGCCAGAAGAAUGUUUUGGAACUUUUUGUUUCCCUGUACACAUGGGACAUGCGAUAAAAAUUAAAUUGUCUCCUAAAUAAAUCUGGAAAGAUACAUCACUUUUCUUAAAUCCUGUACUAGCUUUUGCAAGAGCUUGAAGAGGCCAACCAGCCAGCAAUCAAGAUGCUCAAACCUUGGUUGACUACUGCACAUCAGCACCCAGAUUCCAAACUUUUCCCAGCAUGUGCGAGGGGCCCUGGCACCAGAGAGGGUAGGUCCUCUGGCUUGGUGUCUGAGAGGAGAUCCAGUCUUGUCCAGUGAAAUGAUGAAACCCUUCACAGGAGUAAAAUGAAAUUGCCCUGCAGGAGACUGCGCCACCUAGUGGUGGUGAUUGGCACCUCAGCCCACCUCAUGAAAAAUUGAAAAACUGAAAUCUGAUGGGAGUUUCGUUUUCUACACUAGAAAAGUUUCUCUCUGAGGAAAGCAGAGUGGCCUCCAUGUGCCUUUGGCUUUUUUACUCAGGAGUGUGAUUGUGUAUAAGCUAUUAGAAGCAGUUAUAUGGUUCGAGAGAUUUAUUGGAUCUUUGAGAUGUCCCCAGAGUAGAUCUCAAACUCGGGGUGAAGUAGUUCUGUGAAUUGGAAGAAACUCAUUUUGUGACUUCAGAGAGGCCACCAAAAACCUUCAAGGACAUAAAAGGAAAACAUAAGACAUUUUUAAACCCAUUUUUCCACUGAUCUACUUAUAACUUUAAGAUCCUACGGAGCAAAUCUUUCAUUAUCAUUAGUCCUUUGAUUCAUUAGGAAGUUGACCAAAUCAUGUAAAAUGUUCCAAAAAUUGUUAGCAAAUAAAAGCAAUUAACUAA